CACUCCCCGAAGUCAGUGUUGUGAGCAAAACUAGCUUGUCGAAUUAAUAUAUCCUCGCCACGUAAAAGGGCUGACUUUAGGACUGCGGAAAGAAAUGGCUCUGCUGUUGCCCUAGCCAUCACCUAUUGCGGAUCCUAUCCCUCGAGCGACUUGGCCAAUCAGUGCGUAUCAGCGACACAUGAACGGUGAUUUCCACGGAAUGGCUCGCGGAACAAAGAAGCCGCCCGUCGCGAAUUCCCGUAUCGGUAGAUAGAGAGAAUUCGCCGAUAAAACAGCACAGAAGAGUUACGUUAGUAAGGCUUGGUGAAAUAAAAUGAUUAUCUUCGACGCAAAAUAGAAAAAAGUCCGUUUUUUAUGCUCAAGGAGAGAACUUGGCGUCGUGAGGGCUUUGUCGAUCGCGAGGCGAGGCUUUUGGCUACAUUGUUACAUUGGAACGAAGUAGGCAGGCCACAGUAAGGUGAUUGACCUGUGACCUUUGGAUUUGGUUGUUUGCUGCGGACUCCAGAUCUCAGAUGAAUUAACAGAUGAGCUCACCCACAACCAGCAGAACACUCGUCUACUAAUAAUUUGCUCCUUACAUUGCGAGUUUCCUCUGACAGUGGACUGAGUGUCUCUGUGAGCGUCUCUCAACCUGGGACGACUGCUCUUCUGGCCACAGCGUCCAUGAGGUAACGGCGGGAAGCCCCAUACCACCCUCGCUCCGCCCUCCAUCCCCCUCUCCCUCAUCCCUCUCUGCAGCGAUGGGUCAGAAGAUCUCAGGCAGCAUCAAGUCAGUGGACGCACGGGGUGAGCCUUCAUACCGGCCGGUCCGCCGUGAGCUGCGGGGUCCAGACUUCUGCCGGCCUCCUCGUCUGGACCUGCUUCUGGACAUGCCCCCUGCGACCUCUGACCUGCAGCUCCACCACGCCUGGAACCCCGAAGACCGCUCGCUCAACGUCUUUGUCAAGGAGGACGACAAGCUGACCUUCCACCGCCACCCGGUGGCCCAGAGCACCGACUGCAUCCGCGGUCAGGUGGGCUACACACGGGGGCUCCAUGUCUGGCGGAUCCACUGGCCGGCGAGACAACGAGGAACACACGCUGUUGUAGGGGUGGGCACGGCUGACGCUCUUCUACACUCUGUGGGUUACACGGCCUUGGUGGGUUCUGACUGUGAGUCGUGGGGUUGGGACUUGGGCCGGAACAGACUCUACCACGACAGUAAGAACCGGCCGGCCUCCACCUCGGCACCAACAUACCCGUGUUUCCUGGAGGCAGACGAGUCGUUUGUUCUGCCGGAUGCCCUGCUGGUGGUGCUGGACAUAGACGAGGGCACGCUCAGCUUCAUGGUGGACGGCCAGUACCUGGGCGUGGCCUUCAGAGGGUUAAAGGGCAAGAGGCUGUACCCCAUCGUCAGCGCCGUGUGGGGACACUGUGAGGUCUCCAUCCGCUACGUUAAUGGACUGGAUCCGGAGCCCCUCCCCCUGAUGGACCUGUGCAGGCGAGUGGCCAGGCUGGCUCUGGGGCGGGACCGACUCAACCAGAUAGACACCCUCCCUCUGCCAGAGACCCUCAAGAACUACCUCCAGUACCAGUGACCUCACAGACUCACCAGGACAAUGAUUGACUGACUGCUUGACGGCAGCUACAUUUCACUACAGUCAACCCACAAACAUGUAACCCUGAACCAUUGGACAUCUACUGAGGAUAAUGAUGAUGGUCUGGAGGAAGCCUAUGAAGGAGUUCUGAGUUUCUUUUUAGGAUUUGUCUGUUUUUAAUUUGUUUUUUUAAAUUUGCUCACUGCUAUGAUGGACAGAGGGAGGAUUAAUGAAAGGAGGGGGAUGGGCUUGAGACUGGACUGUAGCAGAAGUGUUGAGCUAUGAUGCUGGCUUCUCAUUGGGUAUAUGGGUCUAUAGUGCUUCUAGAAUAUGUGCCUGGAGGAAGAGGGUGUUUGGUGAUGAUGCAUAUAGACAUCAUACAUAGUUACUGUACAUCUAUACAGAUUCUCUGGAAGGCUCUCAGAACAUCUAGAUAUUUAUAUUUAGACCCUGUAGCAGGCUCCACUGAGACUCACCAGCCCCUAGCCACAGGGAGUUAGAAGAUGGAAAACACAUAGGCAGGCAAACAUCCUUGAAUGCAUGCAUAUGCAAACACUCACUCAUACUCAGAGGGGCUGUUUUCAGUGUGAGUGGUGAGGUUUUAUGCAUGUGUGGAUUGGUGCGUGUUGGCAUUGCUCCGCAACAGGCACCCCGGGGCAUCAGUCAGACCCACUCUGACCCCUCUGAGUUUGGGGACACUGCAGCCCUGAUGCACUACACCUCCCUCUCAACUGGCAGUCUCUCUUUAUUUAUCAGUGGGUUUCAUUGGAUCCAGGCUUCCAUUAGGUCUCUGUCUGGGUGAGUGACUGGGUCUGUGUCCAAAAUGGCACCCUAUUCCCUACAUGGUGCACUACGUUUGAUCAGCCUGAUCAGGAGUGCACUGUCGGGAUAGGGUGCCGUUGUGGACAUUCCCUGGGAUGUUGUCAGUCAGGGUGUGUUAAAGCUGAUUGAAGUUGAUCAGAGGGCCAAUCCGCUAUUACUGUUUAUGUGCCUGCGCAGAGAAAGCACACGACACCUCUGUUACAGGAGACUGUUUUAAAACAAUGUAUUUGCUGCUUUGUUUUGUUCCACUCCUGUUCUUAUCCCGAUGGUGAUAUUCCUCUUUUAAACAGUUCUCUUUUUAUGAAUGAGGCUUUUGUUUAUUUCUGAUUUGUUUUUGUUUUCUAUUUUAUUAAGAUCUACUUGCUGAACAGGAAGUGACCCGGUUGAGACAGGAAGUCUCGCUGAGAGAGACUGAUCGAGGAAUGUGCUGCAAUGAGCAUCUUUUUAAAUGUGGAUUAAAAAAAACUGAACCCAA